AUGAGGCUUCUAAAUGUGCUUCUUGUACUCGCAACACUGCAUUUUCUUAUGAGCAUUCACGCAUACAAGUGCAACGCUUAUAGAAUCUUGCAUGGGGAAGAACAAAAGUUGAUGAACAAGAGCCUUUUGUUAGGGUUACUGCAAAGGGGUUAUGUGCCUCCAUCUGCACCUAAUCCACCCACUCACAUCCCCGCUUCAAAGCUCGGGCAAAGGGCCUUUGCGGGUCACAAUUUCGCUCCUUUGAUGGGAUCAUUGCAAAAGGGUUAUGUGCCUCCAUCUUAUGCGCCCAAUCCUGGCACUCACAUCCCCGCUUCAACACUCGGUCAAAAGGCUUUCACAGGUCACAAUAUGGCUCAUUUGCUAAGCUCACUGCAAAUGGGUCCUGUCCCUCCCAAAGAUCAGCCAAAUCCGCCCACUCACAUCCCUGCUCCAAAGCUCGGGCAAAGGGCCUUUGCAGGUCACAAUUUCGCUCCUUUGAUGGGAUCAUUGCAAAAGGGUUAUGUGCCUCCAUCUUAUGCGCCCAAUCCUGGCACUCACAUCCCUGCUUCAACACUCGGUCAAAAGGCUUUCACAGGUCACAAUAUGGCUCAUUUGCUAAGCUCACUGCAAAGAGGUCCUGUCCCUCCCAAAGAUCAGCCAAAUCCGCCCACUCACAUCCCUGCUCCAAAGCUCGGGCAAAGGGCCUUUGCAGGUCACAAUUUCGCUCCUUUGAUGGGAUCAUUGCAAAAGGGUUAUGUGCCUCCAUCUUAUGUGCCCAAUCCUGGCACCCACAUCCCCGCUUCAACACUCGGCCAAAAGGCCUUCGCAGGUCACAAUAUGGCUCAUUUGCUAAGCUCACUGCAAAGGGGUCCUGUCCCUCCCAAAGAUCAGCCAAAUCCGACCAUCCCUUUGGCGCAUAUGCCAGAGUAA